AAACUGCCUGUAUGAAUGUGAUUCCAGCAGGGAGUGUGCGCAGGUAAAGAUUGACUCCAGAUCCUGUCCUCUCUGUGUGUCAGCGCUCCGUCUCUGCGCCGCUGCUGCGUCUGUGCGCAACGCUCCGUCUCUGCGCCGCUGCUGCGUCUGUGCGCAACGCUCCGUCUCUGCCUUUUCAGGGGGAGCGCACCUUGUUUGGCUCAGUCGAGUCCCGGCUCUCCUCCGCGCGCAAUACGGACCUUCUCCUGCAUCGGACACCGGAGAGACACCUGACCACAUUCAUAUCUGCAAACGGCCAACUGGCGGCUCAGUUCAUGGAUUGUUUCCAGUUCUGGAAAUUUAACAAGGAAGUCGUUUCUUAUUCUAGAAGACUGACAUUGUCCUUGGACACAUAUUUACUUUGUUGUGCGCUGUUUUCAAAGUGAACAAACCUUAAAGAAUGUUAUUGCACAGUAUGUUCAUCUCUGGAAGCUCGCGGUUGAAAUGGACGGCCACAUUACUUCACUUGAGUCUGUUCCUGCAGCUGGCGACGGGCUGGGCGGUGUGGGAAACGACAGAGGCCAUCCACCCAGACUGCGCCCUGGUGGUUCAGCACAUGAAGGCUCAGGAAGAAUGCAACCAGAUCCUCAAACAGGAGGAGAACAACCACUCCACCAGGACAGGUUGUCCAACAGCUUGGGAUGAGAUUCGUUGCUGGUAUCGUGCUGAGGUGGGACAGGUGGUCAGCGUCUCGUGUGCCAACGUCUCCCAGCUGUUUGCUAAUAACCAAGGUUACAUCUACAGGAACUGCACUGAGGAUGGAUGGUCCGAGCUCUACCCCUCCUAUGAGGAGGCCUGCGAGUUCACAGAGUACGAAGAGACAGAACCAGAGACAACAUACUUCUCCAACUUCAAACAGGUGUACACCGCUGGCUAUGCAACCUCCCUCAUCUCUCUUAUAUCGGCUAUUUUUGUCUUCACUGUGUUCAGGAAGUUCCACUGCACCAGGAACUACAUCCACAUCAACCUGUUCUUCUCCUUCAUCCUGAGAGCGAGCGCUGUCUUCAUUAAAGAUGGCGUUCUUUUUUCUGAUGAAAACCUGGACCACUGCUUCAUGUCUACUACAUCCUGUAAAUCAGCCGUGGCCUUCUUCCAGUUCAGUAUCCUGGCCAACUACUUCUGGCUGCUGGUGGAGGGCAUGUACCUGCAGACGCUGCUCGCUCUCACCUUUGUCUUCCAGAAGAAAUACUUCUGGUGGUACAUACUCAUCGGCUGGGGUCUCCCAACAAUAAUCAUAACGGCGUGGAUCCUCACUCGAAACUUCUACGAUAACAGGGGGUGCUGGGAUGACACAGAUGUGGCCUUCAUCUGGUGGAUCAUAAAAGCUCCAAUAACUGCAUCGCUGCUGGUGAACUUCAUCAUCUUCAUCAAUGUGAUCCGUAUUCUGGUCCAGAAGCUGAGAUCCCCUGGUGUCGGUGGCAACGAUACCAGUCACUUCAAGAGGCUGGCCAAAUCCACUCUGCUUCUCAUCCCUCUGUUUGGGAUGCACUACAUGGUGUUUGCCUUCCUGCCAGAAAACACAGGAGCAGAGGCCAGAAUCUUCAUCGAGCUCGGUCUGGGAUCCUUUCAGGGAUUCGUGGUAGCCCUGCUCUACUGUUUCCUGAAUGGUGAGGUGCAGGCAGAACUGAAGAAGAGGUUUUGGAAGUGGCAGAUUCAGAGUUACCUGAGCUACAGUAAACGGCGGCGCACGCUGUUCACUGACAGCAGCACGGUCACUCAGAUAUCCGUCCUGGACAAAUCCAGCCCCAAAGACCAGCUGGCCUCAGAGACACACACCCUCACACCCAGCAACGUCUCCACUGUCUGAGGAACAUUCGACAGCACUGGUCUUCAUGUCCUGUGUUACAACACCUGCUUGGUAUUUGGACAACGUCCUGAGCAAGUGACUCAACCACAGAGCCUGAUUGUAGAAUGUUUAAGGUAACUCUUAACUUAUAUGGUACGAAUUAUUUGCAGAAUCCCUCAUGGGCUGCCAAAUUGUGUUAAGUGUUAACUUAAGUCUAACGUUUUUAUUCACAAUAUCCCACACGUCUUUCACAUUAAACUUUCUCCCAUGAUAUUAA